AUGGUGAGGUUUUCACAGCCCUUUUCCUCUUCCGAAGCAGUUGUUUACUUUUUUCAGGGUAUCGACAUCAAUCAUAAGCACGACCGUAAGGUUCGUAGGACUUCACCGAAAAGCGAAGAUCCGUACCUUAGAAUUCUGGCCAAGCUCUACAAGUUCCUUGCUAGACGAACCGGUGAAAAGUUUAACAACAUCAUCAUGAGGAGACUGUUCAUGUCGCGACGGUUCCGUGCUCCUUUAUCGAUUGCCCGGAUUAGCCGCAUAUUGAAGAAAAAGAGCAACUCGAAUAAGAUUGUGCUUGCCGCUCUUAAAGUCACACGUUCUGCCCGUGCCCGUAUACUGAAGGCUGGAGGUGAGGUGAUCACUCUCGAUCAACUUGCGUUACGCGCUCCCAGAGGAGAAAAUACUCUUCUUCUUCAAGGCCCUCGUAAAGCUCGUGAGGCGCAAAAGCACUUCGGUCCUGCUCCAGGAGUCCCCCAUAGUCACACAAAGCCCUACGUUCGCUCAAAGGGACGCAAGUUCGAACGUGCGCGUGGAAGACGUGCUUCUCGUGGAUACAAAGCCUAA